AUGUCGCUCACACCACAAAAGCCCACUUUGAACAGCAACAUUCUGGAACAGCUGCAGGCACGAUUCCCUUCAGAUGCGCCACAGAGUCCGUCAUCACCAAUCGCAAAGGGUAUUGCAGCCCUUGAACGCCGAGCAUCAAACAGGUCGGCAGCCGGCCAAAUGAACAGAACUGGAUCACCUUUCGAACGCAGUCGUACUGUAUCACCUCUUCCUCCUCAGGCAAACCUCGCAAUAGACACAACAUUACAAGCCAGAAGUACAUCAUCUUCGCCUGGCCCACAUAAAGGCAAUCGUCGGGCACCUCCGCCAUUGUUGAAGACCAAGAUGAGACCGUCCAGCGAACUGUUCCUGCCAACACCCAAAACGGCAAGAAGUACUGGAUUUAGAUUCUCAACAAUCAUUCCUGAGGAUGGCCUGGCGGUAAAGUCAGAACCAGCGACGCCAGAAGUCACAGCUCCAGUACCAUCUUUCUCGUCGCCUCCAAUAUCUCCCGCGUCUGCCUCCAUCGCCGAUGCCAUUAGCCGCAUCGAUGUGGGUGCAUCCGUUCAGAAUGCUAUCGACAAUCUGAGCAAACCAGAAGCGAACCGUUUCAUCUUUCCUCCAUUGAGAUCCUCGACUGCGCCACCUGCCAGCUUACGUCGACAACCCAGUUUCGCGUCCAUCAAAUCAUCGCGGUCGUUGCCUUUACGUGCACUCAGUACUCGGUUUAGUCGUCUGAGCCGUGCAGGAGGCAGUAGUUCUCGAGGUGCUGGAGUCAAUCCCAUGCUUUCGCCCAAGAAGCGUGGCUCACACUUCUCUGGAAUAGACAAAGACCUUACAGCUGAUAGAAGACUGAGCUUUAUGAUGGCAAAGCACAAGUCCAACCUGGAAAGCGUACUAGCAUCCCCGAUUGAAGAACAAGCACCUGUCAAGCCGGUACUGAAGAAAGCCACAACGAGUGUUAUGCCUUGGCGCAAGAAGAUGAGAGGUGAAACGAUGAGCAUGCUGCUCGAUUCCGGCUUUUUUCCUGUUCAAGAGUUCAUCUACGAGAAAAACGAGACUUCACCAUCGAUGACAACAACACGCAGUCCGAGCAAACGCAAUCAGCUUGCUCUGAAUAUCCUCGUCAAAGACUUACCAACUGAACGCCCUUCUUCCAUCCUCAACACGCCAACAAACUUUUUAUCAACAAGGGCAUUCAAGUUUGAGAAGGAAAUCGACGCGAAACAGUCAUCGUCGUUCACUGGGCACGCGACGCAGAAUCUUGACCGCGGCUUCCGUUUCGAGUUCACAAGUCUCACCCACAAUGGUUACUCACAGGACAGUGACUGCACCUCCCCUUUCUCCAACAAGUCCGAUAACGCCUCUGACACCUACCAAAGCUCUUGCCGCCCUGACGGGAGGCUCUGA